CUCGGAGCGGAUAUCUACUGUCAUACUUUGCUGCAACAAUGGCUUUUGUCUGUUACCCCUUUAUCUAUUAUAUAUGGGGGCGGUGUAUCAAACGGAUGCCCCGGUGUCUCUCGGCUUAACGACCCCGGCCCCGGAGCUCCUCAUGACGUCCGUGUUGUCAAGUGACCUUAGGCUCGAUCAGAUUCCGGCGUUACGUCCAGGGCCUUUCUGGCAACCAGUUACAUAAUUUAGGGCGUACUGUAAUGUCGGACGAACCUAGCUUGGACAUUCUUCGCAAACAAAUGGAAGAUGCCAUCCCUGCAUGUGCACUCGGGCUGAUGGAGCCGCUGAGCAGUGAGCUUCGAGGUGAAGUUCAACUGAAUGAAUUGCUGUUUUCUCGGUUUCUCCAUUCUUUGUUUCUGUCCUCAUCUGGUUUCUUAUCCAAGCAAUCUUCUAGCGGGCAAAGCCGAUACUGGCGCCUAAUGAGCCGAGGAUUUCCGCCCCAACUGUGCGGGUGCCGCUCUAAACCGGCCCCGCCAUUGGCGUUGGACGAACUGCGGGGUACCCCAGGCUCCACUGCCGCCGGAUGUGGGGCAUCAGAGCUUUGGAAACAAGUCGCGACAACGCUACAACGCUACGCGUCGACAUCUCAAUUCUCAAGCUCUAAGCCAGGGACUCACCAAAUGCGAGGUAUCAAUAUCAACACUCGCACGCAUAUUAGUACACCAAGCAUGUCGAGUGGUACUCAGUUUUGCACCAUUUUUUGUUAACAGGCUAGAUACGAAGUGCUCCCUCUUUUCAUUCGUCAUAAUUUAU